CACUGACGGGAAAGUAAUGACCAACUUUUCUCAACACGAGUCAAACACGCACUGUAGACGAGGAAACGGUGUCGAACAAUAAGAUUUCAGGUGUCUGAAGAGUUGGAGGAGGAACGACAGGCAUCAAAACAGCUGGGAUUUAACACUAAAGACGGACGAGUGCUGUAGCAGGGAGAUGAAGAGGGAAGUGAGUGCUGGGGUCAACUUCCUGAAACGCUUGGCCUUGGAGCGAGGAGGCAUUAAUGAAACCAAAGCCACACUGUUCGCUGCAAAACUACAAGAGCUCCUGUGCAAGAAGUACAUGGACCACUGGUAUCCUGACAAUCCAAACAAGGGACAGGCAUACAGAUGCAUCAGAAUAAAUGAAGGUACGCCAUGCGAUGAUUCAGUGCUCCGAGCAUGUGAGGAAAGUGAACUGAGGGUGUCUGAGUUGGGCCUCCCCCGCGAGAUCACACUAUGGAUUGAUCCGCUGGAGGUGUCUGUUCGAUCAGGUGAGAGCUGCAGGCAUUUCACAGUGGCUCGUUUCAGCGAGGCAGAGAAGGAGGAUGAAGAUAAGGAGGCAGGCCAGAGUCAAGACAGCUCUGAUUCUGUGAACCUGGACACUUCGGACUACCACUCAGCCAGCUCCUCUGACUGUGGCUCGGCCGUGUCCAGUGACACAGAGGAGGAGGCGAGAGAUGGCGAGACGAAGAAAGUAAAAGGGAAAGCAGAAGAGGAGAAGAAGGAGAAGGACAAAGCUUUCGUCAUCGCAAUGAGACCAAGACUGAGGGAGCCGAAGCCACGGAAAAUUCCCAAGUCUCAGCUCCCUGGGCUCCAGUACUUCUACCACCCAACACCAAUGUGGCCUCAGUACAAGAAGAAAGGCCCGGUACUGCUCACCACCAUUUGUACCCCUCCACCAGCCCCUGUGCUCGGCUACUACGUGCUCCCCAAACCUCCCCCUCAGUUCAUCGUCCCCCAUGCAGCCCUCCAGCCGUGGGGUGUCGCCAAAGGAUAGACUAAAACCAACGGAGGUGACCUCCUGGUAGAUUCUGAGUUUGUCUCUUGUUGAAUCGUUCUCAAUAUUUAAUCAUUGAAAUACUCGUAAAUGAUGAAUUGUUGUAUUUAAGUUUUACACUUGAUCUAAAGGGAACAUUGACCACUGAUACCUUCACUGAACCAAGCAAUACUGAACUACAGUCUUAAGCAAAGGUUUGGGCAACCCUGGUCAGAUGACAUGUUUUGCUUCUUUUCUAAGUAAAAUAAAGUGCACAUUGUCUGCUACAGUUAUACAGUUGUGUGCAGAAGUAUGUACACCCCUGGUCAAACGACAAGUGAAAAUGUGUUAACACUUUCUCUACAGAGAGCACAUUUUAAAGCACAGUUAAUGUGUAUUUGCUGAAUUUAAUGUAUUGUGAGUAGGAGGGGCAUUUAUGGCUCAUUUUGAAUGCAAUAUUUAAGGGUUUAAGUGUUCUAGAGGAUGUGUUCAUCCUUGUAAGGAUGUGUUUGACCUUGCAAAUUAAACACACAACUGUAUAUUUGUUAAAUUUAAUCCACUGGAAAAAAAGGAAAGCCAUGUUUUAUGUUUUUUUCCCCAUUAUGUUACAUUCAGAAGAUUAUGACAGUGUUUUAGGGCCACUGUUAAUAAAAAUAAAAAUAGACUUUGAGAAUAAAGUGGUAAUAUUUUCAGAAAAAAAGUCACAAUAUUUUGAGAAAAAGUUAAGAUAAAGUGGUCGAACUGUAGAGUGGCUGUCAUAACAUGUUGGGUUCUCAGUUGCUGUACUGGGGCCGGAGAUCCACGCACUCCUGUCUGCUUGUGGAUCAAUCAUUUUGAAACUACAUGCCCUCUCUGAAUGGUACAGAGAUGUAGUCAAUACCAAUAGCUGUGUAGACGGUCACUGCCUGUCAUUCUCCUUCAACAAAACAGACAGACGGUUUCCUCCGAGUCCAUCUGGUGCUUUAUUCUAGAUAAACACAGUUUCCUGCACAGCCGUUUCUUAUACUAAUAACAGGCUGGUGCUGAUGUGCCAGGAGAGACAGGUAGACUGAGUAUUUCUUUAUGGCUGAAAUCGAUAUGAAAGUAUAGCUCCACCAACUCAACGCGCCUCAUUUAACACAAGGAGGUGCUGCCUCCGUACGACUUUUGUCUCUAAAUAUUGUGACUUUAUUCUCAAUAUAAAUAGUAGCAUAUAAAUAGAACUGAUGCACUACAUUUUCAUUAAAACUGAGGUUGUGUCAACUUUUUUUUUUUUUUGACACAACACGUCAUUUCAUCAGGGGUGCCCAAACCUUUGCACAACACUGUACAUGCAGCUCAAAUCUUCUAUUCAGGAACCACGUGAUCUGGUGCAAAUAUCGCAGCUAUGAAGCCAUUCUGUGUCAUUAAGAGAUGGUCAGCGAUCACUAUUUAACUAGCAAAACAUCUCGGAACUUGCAUUUAAUGGCGGUUUCUAUAAGAAAGACAGGUAGACGUUUAUUGAUGAUAAAAACAUCACUGGACAAGGGAAACAUUCCCCAGUCAUCACCUUCUUGACUCAGGUAUGUCGUUUUUUGUGUCAUAAGUGGCUGUGACGCUUUAUACAAAGUUGAUUUCACGUUUUGAAUCACAAGAGUGGGGACUCAAAAUACUGUGAUCUUUGUUGAAAGUGUAGCAUAGUUAGCACUUCACUGUGACAAAACAUUUCUCAGGAUACUGAUUUGACUGCAUUCCUAUGAAAAAGACAUCACAUCUGGUUAUGAAUCUUCCUAAUUCUCGCAUCGUUUUCUCUGAGUUUGUUCAUGAGUGUCAUUCGUUUCAAAGCCAGUAGAUGAUGCUAUACAGCAAAAGCCACUGUGUUCUGUGUUUAGGGCCUGACCGAUGUGAAAGCUUUGGGGCCAAUACUGAUAUUAAGGGGCAAAAAAUUCUGAUAACCGAUUAUAUUGGCUGAUAUGAUUUUAAAUGUGUUUUAAUUAAACAGUGCUUUGUUGACAUUUUAUAACUAUAUACAUACAAAAACUCUGUUACAUCAUGAUAUAUAAUACCAGUCAAAAGUUUAGACUUAGUCAAAGACAAUUUGAUGCAUAGAUUUGUGAUCAAACACAUAAAAAGUUGUUACCAACACAAAUGGACAGUCAUUUGGGCACCACUGGUCAAAUGACAUAUUUUGUUGCAUCUUUAGGUGGAAUCCUUUGUGGGUAUUUUCUCUUUUUUUUCCCAAUAUGUGGAACUGAAAUUUUGCAGAAAACAAUUUGAGUUUGUUCCCUGCUGAUGAUGAUUUAACUUAUUUUCAAUAUAACUUUAACCACAGGUGUUCAAACAUUUGCAUACAGCUGUAAAUAGUGCAUGUCAUGCAGACACUUUCAGAAAAAAGGCUGUGAACUGUCUCUGGGGCAGUACCUCUCUUGUCACUGGGGUGUACCUUCAAGGUACCUUCAAGGGUACACCUCAGUACCUUUAGUCAGGGAAUGUAAUUGUCCCAUAAUCCACUGAAAUUAGAAGUUCCACACACCCCGUGUUGUUCCGUUUUAAAAACAUUUGGUUAUGAAAAGGAACAAAUACAGACUUUCCACCUGGAAAAACUCAUUUAAGGUAUACAAUAAGACCUUAAAACCGUUGUUGUACUUUUGAGGGAACAUUUACAUUGUUUGUUCUUUAAUGAGUGAAAAAUCUACCUGUGCAGAACUUUUAUUUCUUUAUAUAUUUAUAUCUUUAUAUUAACAGAGUGUUUACAGCUGUAUGCAAACAUUCAUAUAUGUGUAUGCAUUUAUUUAUUUCAAAACUGAACAGUUUUGCCCUCCAAGUAGCAGUGGCAAGCUCUCAGCGUAUUUGGCCAUAUGUCAGGCCUGUUGUGAAAGCAUUUCAGGCCACAUGCUCGAGAGAAUGCUCAAUGAAGUUGACAAGGCAAGCCAGUCUCUUGUAUUUCUUAUUUUUCAUUCAUUCUUAUCGUAAAAAAAAGGUCUUAUCCAUCAUCAUCUCAUUAGGUUUGGACACAUUUUACAUUGUUGUUGUACAUUAUGUAUUUAAACAGGGGUUGGUUUACACCAGUGGCACAACUGUCCGAAGUGUUGCCCUGUUGUCAGCAGGUUGUGAGCUCAAAUCCCAGCAAUGCCGUGACCAAAACAGGCUCUGUCGUUUUAUUUCUAACACCGCAAGUCAUCUAAACCAUCGGCCUGCUGAUAUAUUGGUUGGGCUCUAGUUCUGCGCUAUGCUUAUACUUCAGUGCUAAAUUAUUUAUAUUUGCAACACAACUUUUGUCUUGAAAAUUGUGCUUUUUUUCACUGUGCUUUUUACCUACAAAGAACAUUGCUUAGCUUUAUAUGAAAACCUGAGCUAAAAUCAAGUUUUGAUUUUCUGAAAACUUCUAUUUUUAUAAUCACAAAUGGCGCACUUUACAAAUGUAGAUAGCUUUUGACACUGGAAUUGUAAACUUGUCUUUUUUAUUGUUAGCGUUCCUCACUUUCCUGCUUUCACUGACAUUUAAUUCUUAUUUGCUUUUUAAUGUGGAAACCCUAUUUAUUUCUGGUUAUUAUUUACUUUACAUACCAGUCACAUCAAGUGAUGCAAAUCCUGUAAAUAUUUUUGCCUCAGUCUAACAGUUUUUGAGUGUUAUUGUGAUGUUUUGUUAUAUAUUUCUCUGUGGGCAUAUAUUUUAUUAAAAUAAUACCAAUAAUAA